AUGGCGAUGCUUUCCUUUUCCUUUCUUUGUUGUGUGUUUGUUAUAAUUCUAUCCGAAGCCAAAGCUGGAGAUCCUGUAUCAUGUGAUAACAACAGAGGCAACUACACAGCCAAUAGCAUCUACGACAACAACCUUAAAACCCUUAUAUCCACUUUCUCUUCGCACAAACAAAUCAACUACGGUUUCUACAAUUUCUCUUACGGCCAAGAUCCCGACAAAGCAUACGCCAUAGGAUUAUGUCGCGGAGAUCUCGAACCAAACAAGUGUCUCACAAACAUAAACAACUCCUUCACCUAUCUCAAACAACAAUGUCCAAAUCAAAAAGAAGCAAUUGUAUGGGGUGGUGAAUUCACUCUAUGGUACUCAAACCGUUCAAUUUUCGGAAUAGUAGAAACUUCACCUACAACGUUUCUAAUAUAUGAAAUAGAUGUUAGUGAUGUGGAUGCAUACAACGAAGCAUUGAGUAACUUGAUGACAAAUCUAACUGACAAAGCUGCGUCAGGUGACUCUAGACCGGUUUCUGAAAUUCCGGUUUGUUGUAACGGGAAGAUGGGAGGAAAUAUUCUUAAACCAAGUUGUCGGAUUAGAUUUGAUCCUUAUCGGUUCUAUAAUUCCACGAUUGUGUUGGAUUUUAAUGCAACGCCUCCUUCACCGUCGCUACAGCCACCGUCAGUAUUCACCAAUAACACUUCACCAUCUACAAAUAACAGUUCUUCUUCAGGGCAGAGCAAAAUACGAAUUGUCAUCACCUCCAUUGCAGUGCCAGCUCUUAGUGUGGUUUUGAUACUCAUUUUUAUUUGCAUCUAUUUAAGAUUGGGAAAUCCAAAAAAAAUGUUUUCAGCAAACAUUAGAAAAUAUGAUGAUGGAGAUGAAGAUGAAAUUAUAAUUGUUGAGUCAUUACAAUUCAACUUUGAUAUUAUACGAGUCGCUACAAAUGAUUUCUCUGAUUCUAACAAACUUGGGAGAGGUGGAUUUGGAAUUGUUUAUCGGGGUAAACUUCCAGAUGGACAAAUGAUUGCUGUCAAAAGAUUGUUAGAAGAAUCUAACCAAGGAGAUGGAGAAUUUAAAAAUGAAGUAUUAUUAGUAGCCAGACUUCAACAUCGAAACUUAGUUAGGCUACUUGGUUUCUGUUUAGAAGGGAGAGAAAGGCUGCUUAUUUAUGAAUAUGUUACAAAUAAAAGUCUUGAUUACUUCAUAUUUGAUCCAAUCAGGAAAGCUCAAUUGAAUUGGCAAAAGCGCUAUGAAAUCAUAAAAGGUAUUGCUCGAGGUCUUCUUUAUCUUCAUGAAGAUUCUCGUUUGCGGAUUAUACACCGUGAUAUCAAAGCAAGCAAUAUUUUGUUAGACAAUGACAUGAAUCCUAAGAUAUCUGAUUUUGGAUUGGCAAGAUUGUUUGUUAUUGAUCAAAGUCAAGGGAAUACAAAGAGAAUCGUUGGAACCUACGGAUAUAUGGCACCUGAAUAUGCAAUAAAUGGAUUAUUUUCAGUAAAAUCAGAUGUCUUUAGUUUUGGAGUAUUGGUUCUUGAGAUUAUAAGCGGUCAUAAAAAUAGUGCAAACAUUCGUCAUGGAAAUGAUAUUGAGUAUCUAUUGAGCUUUGCAUGGAAAAGCUGGAGAGAGGGGAAAUCAUCAAAUAUUAUAGAUCCAUCAUUAAAAAACUUUUCAUCAAAUGAAAUAAUGAGAUGCAUUCAUAUUGGUUUGCUUUGUAUUCAAGAAGAUGCAGCUGAUAGACCAACCAUGGCAGCUGUUGCACUCAUGCUUAAUAGUUACUCUCUUAGUCUCACAGUACCUUUGAAACCUGCAUACUUUUAUGGAAGUGGAACUGGAACUGGAAGCUUACAUGACAAGCAACUAUGGGCUGAAAAUCAAGAUGCAACAACGUCGAAUGAAUCGAUAAACCAGGCUUCAAAUACUGAUCCAUACCCUCGGUAG